AUGUGCUCUACCACCUGCUGGAUCGUCAUACUGGCGACAUGUGUCGCUUACACUCUUGGCACGUCAAUCACGCGUUACCAGCAAUAUCCUCUGCCGAUAUGUUCCGAAGACACAGUUUGUUCUGAAAUAAGCGAGUUACCAUCAAUAAAAGAGGAGAGUAAUUAUUUUAGUUGGAUGAUGUGUCAAUGUCCAGGAGAAAGCGUGUGUCCAAAGAGUCCCGGCAAACAGACAAUCGAGGUCACGGGGUCAAAAUGGUAUGGCAUGUGCAGACCCAAGUCUAACAUUCGGUCCUGUUCACGAGGAGAAGUAGCCGAAGAAUACUUAAAGGGAGUUCCGGAAAUUCCCUUCGCAACAUUCACGAGGGUUCACUGUACGUGCCCACUAUUAGAGUAUGAGGAGACACGGCCCGAGAUGGAAUCGUCAAGCUCGAAAACUAUCUACCAGCUCUUCUGUUCCGGUCGAGGACUACAAGCUGCCAUGAAGAGAGGGAGAGGAGGCGGGCGUUACGGGGGUGGAAACAAUGGUCGUCGAUUCUAUUUUUACCGAAAAUAA